ACGCAAGAAAAGCUUUAUAAAGGCCAGAGACAGAUGUCCCACCGUCACUCUUUCUUUGCUCCCUGUUAUUGUUUGUCUAGAAAUCUCCACUACUAAACCAGUAACUUUCCUCUUCUUCGCUCUCUUUACCUCGUCUUGAUCUCAAUCUCAGCCUUAAGUCUUUCAAAAUCUUGGUUCAAUCAUGGCUGUUUUAGUGUUCUUGGUGCUUCUCUUGUCCCUCACUGGCCAUUCAAGUGCCUCUUACUGUUUGUGUAAAGAUGGGGUAGGCGACCAAGCUCUUCAGAAGGCCAUAGAUUAUGCUUGUGGUAAUGGUGCUGACUGCACACCAAUCGUUCAAAAUGCUCCUUGUUAUCAACCAAACACUGUGAAAGAUCACUGCAAUUAUGCUGUCAACAGCUAUUAUCAAAAAAAGAGUCAGGCUACUGGAAGCUGUGAUUUUUCUGGAGCUGCCACUGUUAGUGCCAAUCCUCCCACCACUGCUGCUUCUGGUUGUUCAUAUCCUUCAAGUCCAGGCAACACUGGGACAGGGACCUCAACACCAACCACAACUCCAACAACUGGUGGUUCCACAGCACCCCCAACAGGCACAUCUCCAUCAACUACACCAACAACUGGCACUACUACACCUACAACAGGCACUACUACGCCAACAACAGGCACUACCACACCAACAACUGGCACAACUCCAACUCCUUCAGUGUUUGGCACUGGAAGCACUGGACUUGGACCUACUGGUAGUGGGACUGGCUUCACUGACCCUAAUGGUGGUGUGGCUCGCAUUUCAGGUUCACAGUUCUUGUACAUUUCUUUGGCUCUAUGGAUCUCUGCCCUAUACCUCAUCUGGGGCUGAGCUUUUGAGAACCAUCUAGGGAAAAAGGUGAAGUGGGGUGGGGUUUGGUUUUGAUGUGUCAUGUGGAGGCAAACCCCACUACUACUUUACUAGGUUCUUAUCUGUUUGUAAUUUUCCUCCUCUUUGUGUAAAAGCUGGGAAUUGGAUUCCCUCUUGGGGUUGGUGGGUGGGUGGGAGGUGGUGAUAUAUGAGACUACUAUCGGGGGUUAACUUUGAUAAUCUCUCUACUUUUCCUACUGUACAUCUAGAGAGGCAGUAUUUUUUCAAUUUAAUGGAGGUUUUAGAUUUAGUAAGCCAAAGAGUUGUGCUUGUUAUGUGGAUCAUAUGGUUGUGGCUUUCAGUUCUUUUCAACGGAAUUGAUUCAGUAGUUAUAUUUUA